AUGAUCAAAUCAACGUCACACAGAAAAUAUAUUUCACUCUGUAUCGAUACGUAUAGUGUGCCUAGUCGUGUCAGUUUGACGCUGAAAGUGAAUGACACGUACAAGAUAGUUGUGAUGUGGUCGUUUAUUAGACCACCUCUGGCUCUGGAAAUACUGCCGCCGGUGGUUUUGGAUAUCGAUGGACUGAAAGUGAAGUGCUGCCUCGGCUUCGACGCCGUCACAUCAGCCCCAACCAUAUUCUGCAACCAAAACAUUCGCAAGAAAAUUUGCGCCUCCAUUCAUAAUUAUGCCUGGAAUCUGUUCGGCCAACCUCCUCAUAUCAUUGUCAUGUGCAACAAAGAACUCGAAGAUGUUGGUAUUCAUGGAACUGCGAAACUAUGUUAUCUCCCAGCACAAUGCUUCGAUGGAAGAAUUGUAGAUCGUUUCUUUCGUAAUUUCAAUGUUACGAACACUCUGAUUAUGGGAUCAGUUGCUGGCACUCACAAAUAUCCAGUUCCAGACGAUUCUCCGUUUUAUAAAACUAACAAUCUUGGUUUCGGAAAUUGUGCAUGGGUUCCAAAUAUUUUGAAAAAGUUUCAAGGACGAAAUGGAGUUUUUCUGGGUGCGACUGUUGAGAAUUCCGAAGUUUUCGAUUUUUUAAAGACGUGGAGCGAAGGGGAAGGGAAUAUAGAGUUGGAGUCGAUUGUGGUUCGGAAACGUACGGGGAUUCAUGGUGAUUCGCUAUUGGAUAGAAAUUUGAUACUUGAAAGUUUUUAUAUGAAGCAAUGGGAUCCAUUGCGAAGACAGGCGGAGUUUGACUUUCAGAUCGAGUUUCCAAGUGUCAGCUCGAAUGGUAACAAUACAAUCACAAUUUCGGAAGUUUCGCAGGAAAUUCGCUCAACAGCUUCAGAUUCUGAAAGUGACGAUGACAAUGAUAUCUCCCAGGUUUCAACAAGAAGAGACUCGUCCAGUUCCAGUUCCAGCGAUUCCGAUGACGACAUUGACCUCACAGCAAUUACAAAGACUAAUCAAAAACCAGUUCGAACCCGUUUUGGAGUCCUCCUCCAACACCGGAUAAAAUUAGAAGAGGAUUCGAAAGAAAUAAUUCGAAAAUCGGGUCAAAAAAUGGACGAAAAUUUCUUUUCAUUCACUACCGAAGAAGAUCGAAAAAUCAAAGAAAACUGGCAAAGAUUCGCGGAAUUUCACAAAUUCAGUGGCCAUAUUUUUGAAUUUUUGGGUUUUGAUAAUGAUGGAUUGGAGCUGAAAAAAGGAAGACGAUCAGAAAAUGUGUCGAUUCACGUGUAUCAUAGAGAGCUAUGGCCUUCGUUGUGUAGGGGAUUGGAUAAUCGAUUUGCGAAACUUGUUCGACUCAGAAUUUCGUAUAUUUUCCAUCCGUACUUUCGGGAAGAACAGGAUUGGGAUAUUGGGGAGGUGAAGAGACGCCUCGACAACGACGAAUCGCUAGCCGAAAUCUCUGAAACUCUUCGAAUUCCGCCCCGUUUUCUCGAGAGAAAAUUCGCGAAACACGAGAAAGUGGACACACUGUAUUUGGCACCGAAACAAAGAAUAUUCAUGUUGAAAAUGCUAUUCGAAUCGGUCAUCGAGAGUGGGGAUAACAAGUUUUCGCCGAAAAAUUUCGAUUGGAAAGUGUUCAGGAAUAAAUGCCGCGAGAACUCGAUCGACCCUCCAGAACCUCGAAACGUCAACGAAACGUUCCGAAAACGUUUCGCUGGUGCUGAAAAAGCGAUUUUUCAGCAUUUAGACCCACCGGCAACACUAAAAAAUAAGCUAAUCUAUGUAUAUGAGGCAUAUCUUCGAUUUUCGAUAAAAGUGCCCUCAAAUAACCAACGGAGAAGUCAGCUGCCACUCAUCCGACUCGACACACUUUUCACCAUCGUCUUCGAGGAUUACAAUAAAAAUGGAGAGUGGAAUCCACCGCCCGCACUGGAACGAUACGCGAAACAAGUAGAUUUGGAGAAGGUUCGAGAACGAGUGACUACUGUAAUUCAGAAGAGAAAACGACUGAAUGAGACGCCAAAAGCGAAGAUUCGGGUGAUUGUGAAGAAGAGAUCGACGUUAGAGGAUUUGAGAGGAUCCACAGAUUCUAGAGGCGACGAUUCGGAGGAUCAAGAAUUGGAGAUCUCCUCAAUCCGUGGCGACUCCACCACCACCGGCUCCGUCACAUUCGACCAGACUGAAAAUCCAGAUGACCCGCUCACCGAAUUCGAAAUGUCCACAAUGGAUGAUAACACGUCAACGAUAAAUGAGACGAUUCUGGCUGGUGGAGGUACUGGAACAAUUCCAAGAGGAAAUGGGGACGAGUCGUCGUUGGGUGGAAUCAACCUGUCGCAGAGCACACAACCAGCGAAGAAACCCGAGGAAACGGUGCAAUUGGACAUGUCGCAAGAUAUCUGGUCACAACUUGUCGGAUCUCAGUAG